AUGAUCUACCAUGGGAAUCCGUUCGGGCACAAUUCCCACAAAAAUGUGGUUAAAAGUAGCGAGAAGGUUAAGGAAAACAGUAGGUUGCCUUGUGGCUACAGCGCGACAUUGAGCGGCCCACUGACGCACCGGCGUCAGACGCCGCGAUUACGUCACGCAAUGGCUCCUCGGUUGCAGCUGGAAAAAGAUGCUUGGAAGUGGGCAGAGAUGGUUAAACCAGAGGAUAUCACACGUGAACAUAUAGAGUUAGCUUAUAGGGUAGCAGUGUCGGCAUGCAAAAGAGGGACGUGCAGGAGGAACUGUAGAGGGAAUCCCAACUGUCUAGUCGGUAUUGGGGAACAAUCAUGGUUGGGAGAAAUUGAUGAAAAUGCCUUCCACAACAUCGAUGACCCAAAUUCUGAAAGACGAGAUAAGAACACAUUUGUGGGCUUGACGAAUCUUGGCGCCACAUGUUACGUGAACACUUUCCUCCAGGUGUGGUUUCACAAUCUGGAGCUUCGUAGAGCCUUAUAUCAAUUUCAGAAUUCCAGAGCAGAAGGGCACAACAUGGAUUCAGAUUAUGAACCACGGACGAUAUGUGAACAUCUCCAGUAUCUGUUUGCAUUGCUACAGAACAGCAACAGACGGUAUAUCGACCCCUCAGGGCUGGUCAAGGCUCUUGGGCUCGACACAGGACAACAGCAGGAUGCUCAGGAAUUCUCCAAACUCUUCCUCUCACUUCUUGAAGACACACUUUCAAAGCAGAAGGACCCAAAUCUCCAAAAUGUCAUUCAACAGCAGUUUUGUGGACAGUUCUCGUAUGUUACAGUAUGCAACAAAUGUGGACGCGAGUCUCCUCUACCAUCACGAUUUUAUGAGCUGGAGUUGAACAUUCAAGGACACAAAAACCUCACGGAGUGUGUAACGGAGUUUCUUAAGGAGGAGAAGCUGGACGGUGAUAAUCGCUACUAUUGCGAGAGCUGUCAGAGUAAACAGAACGCCACCCGUCGGAUCAAGCUCCAGAGUCUUCCCCGCACACUAAAUUUUCAGCUCAUGCGUUUUGUUUUUGAUAGGCAAAGUGCUCAUAAGAAGAAACUCAACACCUUCAUUAGUUUUCCAGAAGUUCUUGAGAUGGGACCAUUUUUGGAAGGAAAGGAAGAGAAGUGUACGUAUGAGCUCAGUGCGGUGUUGAUUCAUCGUGGCGUGAGUGCAUAUUCUGGCCACUACAUCGCUCACGUAAGAGACGCCCACACCAAUGACUGGUACAAAUUCAAUGAUGAGGAGAUCGAGAAAAUGGAGGGCAAGAAACUUCAGCUGGGCAUUGAGGAAGACAUUGCCGAGACUGCCAAGUCUCAAACCCGAAAGCCAAAAUGUAGCAAAGGCUAUCACUGUUCGAGAAACGCGUACAUGUUAGUGUACAAACAGCAGAUGGAAGACGGUGACCGUCUUGACCAAACAGAAACUAACGUUGAAGUACCAGCUUUUCUUCAGAAGCUGGUUGACCAGGACAACAAGAAGUUUGAGGAGUGGUGCAAUGAGAUGGCAGACAUGCGAAAGCAGAGUGUUGACAAAGGCAAAGCCAAACAUGAGGAGGUGAAGGAGCUCUACGAAUUGUUACCUGCAGAAGACGGCCAAUCGUAUGAGUUUGUGCCUCUGGAGUGGCUCAAGAAAUGGCUUGAUGACUCCACGGCCAUCAAGGAAAUUGACAACAGCCAAUUCUUGUGUUCCCAUGGCAAACUGCACCCAGAUAACAUUGCCGAGGUCAAAAGAAUAUCCUCGAAGGCCGCUGAUCUCCUUUUUGGCCGCUAUGGAGGAAUAUCUAGACUAGGCCAGUCAUCGCUCUGCAGAGACUGUGUCACUCAGCGAUGUCGGGUGAUCAGACUGAAAAACCAGCUGAAUGAAGAUUACAGAGAGGUCAUGAAUCUUGCCAAAGCCCCUUUAGAAAGUGAUGAAUCAGGUUUCUGGAUCGGUAAGGCUUCUCUAAGGAGCUGGAGACAAUUGGCAUUAGACCAGCUAGAGGAAGAUGAGGAGGAAACCAAACCCAACAACAGCAAAGUUAACGGAGAGAGAAGCAGCAGUGCAGGAUCUAAAGCUGAUGGAGUUAAAGGAGAUAACGAAGAGGGGGAUGGUGAAGAGAUGAAAAACUUUAAUGAAGACAUCCUCUGCUAUCACGGUGGUCUGAGUAUAAUAGAGAAUGACAGGCGGGUGGUUUCUGCCGAGGUGUGGAAUAAACUUCGGAUGUAUUUCCCCAAAGCACCAGAGUUCCCGCAAAAUCACGAGUCCUGUCAGCUGUGCAUGAGACUGGAAAGAGAAGGUAAAGAAAAUGAGGCUUUGAACAGAAUGAUGGCAAAUGAACAGAAGAGCUCGCUGCUCAACCUCUUCCAGGAGAAGAAUCGGCCCACACUGCAGAAAUGGCCACAGGACACAGAUGUUCUGUACAUUGUACCUAAUUAUUUUGUAGAUGAAUGGAGGAAAUUUAUCAGAAGGCCAGCAAAGAGCAACCCAGUGUCCAGUGUGGGGAACAGUAUCCUGCUCUGUCCUCAUGGAGGCUUCAUGUUCACAUAUGACUCCAUGCUGCAAGGAGAUGGUCAACAUAUAGCUCUUCUCUGGCCUGCUGAAUGGGAGGUGAUCAGCAGAAUGUUUCUGGUGGACCAGGUCAUCUCCAUAUGUCGGAUUCAUGACAAAACACAAGACAAUGGCAAUGUGCAAUACCAGACUCGUCCAGAUCUGUGUCGGGAAUGCAGAGAGGGCUUCAUAUUCCAGCAGCAGAGGGACAUGAGCGAGUAUGCGCAGGCCACAGUGUAUGUUCGCAAAGUCAUUGACAAGAAAACGAUGAUUAAGGAAUCUGCCCCUGAGUUCAGUGUGAGUGGGUCAGAUGUAGAGGAUGAAAGAGAAGAGCCAAAGAUGGAUGGAGAGAAAGAUCCAGAUUUCAGUCAGUCUGAGGGUGGAGCCAAACGGCAGAAGCUGAACGAGACCGGCUCUCUUUCUGUGGCCCCCGUGACCUCUGCGUCCAAGUCUGGCAUCAGGAGGAGCACAAGGCACAGGAAACUCCGUGGGGAGAAAGCCCUCAUCGUCUCUGCCAACCAGACACUCAAAGAGCUAAAGAUCCAGAUCAUGCAUGCAUUCUCUGUGGCUCCAUUCGAUCAAAACCUCUCCAUAGAUGGGCGCUGUUUAACAGAUGACUCUGCCACGCUAGGAAGUCUUGGAGUUAUUCCAGAGAGCAUCAUUUGCCUUAAGGCUGAUGAGCCUAUUGCUGAUUAUGCUGCAAUGGAUGAUGUUUAUCAAGUCUGUGAGAUCUCUUAA